AUGGAUGGAAUUCCAUGGGACCAGGUCAAGGCCGGGGAUCUGGAUGCCUUGCAGGUCGUUCUCCUCUCCAGUUCGACCUCGCGCAGGCUCCGGGCCCUGCAAGAACUCCGCGACAAGAAUGGGUCUGAAGUAUCCCCCGAAACCCAUCGAGAUAUACUAGAGUUGUUGUUCCGAACUUAUCGUCUCUAUGUCGAUCGAUCCUCCCGACAGGCUGUCCAGCAAUGCCUCCGCUCGCUCCUCCGCACCCCCAAUGCGAUCGAAGAUAUAAAAUUGCUUACAUCAAAAUUGCAAGCCGAGGCCUCUAGGCCAGGCCUGGCUUCCUCGUUUGCCUUUGUGCUGUUGGAAUGGUGCUCUAUCCUGUUGCAACAGGCUAGCGAGGACCAGAACACACCGCUGGCCAUCGUGCUGGACCUGAUCGCAGUCGAUGCCAAGGCUCUAGAAAAUUGCCUUGCCCACAACCCCAGGCCUGCAGUAAAGCAGUCGGCCCUCCGAGUAACAAGACGUGCUUUGCGCGCCGUGUUCUCGGCUGAGGCAUGGGGUUCGGAUGCAGUGCGGCAAUCUGUCAGCCGACUGACCAAGGACUCUACCGCAGCAUACAAGAAUGCGCCUCUCCUUGGUGUUGUAUGCGGAGUCUGUGCGCGCCUAGCAGACAAACGAUCGGUCCUCGAAGAGUCUAAGAAAGAGAUUACGGCAUUCUACGUCAAGGAGAUCGUGAGCUCAAAAUCUGCCGUGCCUGCACAUGUCGCCAAUGGCAUGUCCGACUUCUUCGCUUCCUUUAUAACGCUUGAAGAUGUUGCCACGGAAUUAGUACCUCCCAUUGAGAAGUCUAUCCUCCGAGCACCAGAGGUGGUUCUCGGCGGCGUGAUCCCACCUCUGUGUGCCUCUUUGCCAGAAGAAAUUGAUCUGUCAGAAAUAGUGCACACGCGCCUCUCCAAACAUCUUCUCACUAGCAUGAAGUCAAAUAACCCAUUGAUCCGCCAAGGAGCCGCUGAUUCUUUUGGAUCCUUGCUCUCUCGAUGCAGAGCUGAUGCCUUGGUGUUGAAAAUCACCAGUGAUAUCGUUGGUCCUCUCAAAACCCAAAAGAUUACCACUGCUGAGCACCGACUUGCUUACGCUCAGGCCAUUGCGGCUAUCUCACCUUCGGUGGAUGUCUCCAAAGAUAUUGUUCAAGGGUUCUGCCCCGUCCUUUCAAAAGAGCCCAAUGAAGCUGCUAUGGAAGAGGAGAUCAAGUCCUUCAGCAAUCAUCUUGACCACCUCAUUCAAUCUAAAGUGGGAAUCAGCGAUGAUGUUAUCAACACUAUUGUCAAAGGUGUAUCUGAUAAGCGUAUCCCGUUCCGGAAGAUCUGGCAAACGAGCGUCGGAGAAGUGCUCUGGAAGUCUGAGCUUGAGGCUUUGAAUAGUGCUGAAAUCGAGCCACUUGUCACCAAGGUCCUUGCUAAGAUGAAGGAUCUUUUUGGCGAGGUCGCUUCCAAUCCGCUUCCUUCUGCCCAGAGCGGUGCUCUAUCUUCGGCCUAUGUUUUCCUGGCCCUAUUCCACCGAACUUCCGAUAUUCAAGGAUCCGCCAAGUCUGCUUGGGAGGAAUUGGUCUCCCAGUCAAUGACAUUAAGCCCCAAGCCUUCCUUCCUUCUCAAUCCCAGAGUCUACUCAAAGUUGACUUCCAGUAGGGAGAUCCAGUGGCUUGUCAGAUCGCUGGCUGCUGUCACCUCGGGGUCUAAGUUCACUAGCUCUGAAAAUGCGUCUCAGACAGCCUGGGCUCAGUCCUUCAUAUACGCGAUCACCGCGCCUGCCGUUCCCUCAAACAUUCGUGAGAGCUUUGCGGAAUUGUUGACCCGAGUUUAUCUGACGGAUGUGGCUACUUUCGGACGUGUCAUCGUCAAUGCACUAUGGACCUGGAUGCUCUCUUUCAGGACCGCGGAGAAGGAAUCAGCAGCAGUCUCUGCUGGGCCAGAAAGCGAACGUCUACUCCACAUGGUGUUAAAGGCCCUUUGCCCAACCAAAGCUCGCUUGGAAGCUUCCGAAACAACUUCCUCUCAUGUCGAAGUUCUGCUUAUUGAAAUCUUGGUUUUGAGUCGGCCCGAGCUAAUCCCGAACACAUCUUGGAUCGAGUUGUGUUUGAGGACCGGCACUGACCCUGGAAAUCUUGUUCGCGCACAUCCUGCCAAUUGUAUCGAGCAGUUAGUCCGCGUGAACGCAGAUCCCGUGCAGUCAGCGGUGCCAAAUAUCAACCUCGCCGUCUUCAGUGCUGGGGCUGAACUAGCGUUCGUUGCCCCUGAUGCAAUGGUUCCCCGUUUGGUCGAUCAAAUCAAAUAUGAUCUCGACGGCAGCCGCCUCGCUAAGUUCACUGCCACAGAUGCCGCCAUUGCACGCACUCCUGAAGGUACUGCCUUCAUUGAUGUGCUCAGCAGUAAGUCGAAGCAGCCUGCCUUCGAUAAGAACACUAAAGACUAUGAUACCUUGAAAUGGGAAGAGGAGCUUCGUGCGCAAUUGGCCGAGAAGAAGGGCCAGAGCCAGAAGAAACUUACUCCCGAGGAGCAUGCCAAGGUCAAGGCACAGCUUGCCAAGGAGGCCAAGAUCCGUGAAGAGGUCUUGGAAGAAGUCAAGCGGAUUGAAAGAGGAGCAGGUCUUAUCCAGGGCCUUGCAACAGGUCCUGCCAAUGACGUCGAAGGAUGGAUCAACGCUGCUGUCACUUCUUUGCUAUCACUUGCUCACGCUGGUGCGGGCCUGUUCGUCGGUGAUAUUGUCUCCCGGGCAUUCAUCACUUGCGCCGACAAGGUCUCUAGCCGCCUAGGCCCUCUGCGAUCUUUCGUGGGUAUUGCGACACUGCGAGCCAUUGGUAACACCAAUCUCCCCUCUGACAUGGAAUUGGAGCCCCUCGGAGAACUCGUAACGAGAAUUCUCUACCGAUUGCGCUUUGCUUCCGAGCAACGUCCUUUCGAUCCCACGUCACUCGCUUACGUUCUUCCCCUCAUCUCUCUGGUUUUGACCCAGAACGGCAUUCAAGAAGCGAAGGGAGAGGAGGAAGGCACCCAAGUUCUUCUUGCUCUUGAGUUCUUGUCGUUCCACUCCGCCUCUUUCACCGACCCCCGUCUUCCUCGGGUCGAAAUUCUCGGCCAGCUCUUGUCCGCCAUGCAAAGAUAUACCCAGCACUACAAGCUGGUCAAGGACACAUUGUUCGACUUCAGCCGAUGCAUCUCACCUAACAUCAGCAGCGAGGAGUUGGAGACGCUCUUGCAAGGAGCCAUCGUCGCCGAUGCUUCCGUCCGAACAACCGUGCUACAGGUCAUUGAAGCGGAGAUCGAUUUGACUGACCUCGAUUUCUCGGAGCACAUCUGGCUAUGCUGCCACGACAUGGUGGAGGAGAAUGCCGAGAUUGCAGACACAAUCUGGGAGGACAAUGCCCUAGAAGUGGAUGACAGCUCAUUCAGCAAGAUCAUGAAGUAUUUGGACUCCAAGGACCACCAACUCAGGGGUGCUGCUGCUCGCGCUUUGGCACAUGCCAUCGAAUUUGAUAAGAGCAAGUUUGCGGGCAUUUUAUCCGAACUGCAAGCCAAAUAUAUCGAUGAGAUGAAACCCAAGGCACCCGAAAAGGACGCCUACGGAAUGCCCAUGAAAGUAGAAGUCUCUGACCGCUGGGAGACUCGCAGUGGUAUUGCGCUGGCUUUCGAUGCCAUGACCAAGCUGUUCGAUGGUGACGAGGCUGUUGCCUUUUUGCGCUUCCUCAUUGAAAAGGGCCCCUUGCUCGAUGGAAACUCUCGGGUCCGCAGCCAAAUGACAGAGAGUGGUAAGUCAAUCAUUAUUUUGCGAGGCAAGUCCAAGGUUGAGGAGAUGAUGAACCUGCUUCAAACGACUUUGGAAACCUCCGACAAAGACACCGAAUCCUCUGAUCUCCUCAACGAGGCUGUGAUCGUCCUCUACGGCUCUGUGGCAACACAUCUCGAAGCAGAUGAUCCUCGUCUGCAAACUGUUAUCAGUGAGCUGCUCGUGGCCCUUGAUACACCCUCAGAGUCCGUGCAGCACGCUGUGUCCGAGUGUUUGCCUCCGUUGAUUAGAUCGUCUGGUUCGAAGACGCAAGAAUACGUUGAAAACCUACUCCACCGACUUUUGCACGCCCCUGACUACCCUCGUCAACGCGGCGCCGCGUAUGGUCUUGCAGCAGUUGUGUGCGGCAGGGGUAUUGCUACCUUGCGAGAAUUCCGCAUCAUGAGCCAGCUCAAGGAGGCCGUUGAGAACAAGAGGGAAAAGGAUUACCGCCGCGGCGCCUUGAUGGCCUACGAGCUUUUCGCCCUUGUUUUGGGACGGACCUUUGAACCUUUCGUGAUCCAGCUUGUACCCCAGCUUCUCGGGGGCUUCGGUGACACCAGCAUCAGUGUUCGUGAAGCUUGUCUGGAGGCCUCAAGAGCUUGCUUCCAGAACCUCAGCUCUUUCGGCGUGAAGGAAAUUCUUCCUACUCUGCUUGACGGCUUGGAUGAUACACAAUGGCGCAGUCAAAAGGGUGCUUGCGAUCUUCUUGGAGCCAUGGCGUACUUGGACCCGCAGCAGCUUGCGGCCAGUCUGCCCGACAUUAUCCCCCCUCUGACAGUUGUUCUCAAUGAUACCCACAAGGAGGUCCGUAGUGCAGCAAACCGCAGUCUUCAGCGCUUCGGUGAGGUCAUUAGCAACCCCGAAGUGAAGAGCUUAGUUAGCGUCCUCCUGAAGGCUCUGAGCGAUCCUACGAAGCACACGGAUGAGGCUUUGGACUCCUUGAUCAAGGUUUCCUUCGCUCACUACCUGGAUGCUCCCUCCUUGGCCCUUGUUGUGCGUAUUCUCGAGCGUGGUCUUAGUGACCGAUCCAACACCAAGCGGAAGUCAGCACAAAUUAUUGGCAGUUUGGCCCACCUUACCGAGCGCAAGGAUCUUAUCGCCCACUUGCCUAUCCUUGUGGCCGGUCUCAAUCUGGCUAUCGUUGAUCCAGUGCCCACAACUCGUGCUACUGCUUCUAAGGCCCUUGGUUCACUCAUCGAGAAGCUUGGUGAGGAUGCUCUGCCAGAGCUCAUUCCCAACCUUAUGUCUACCCUCAAAUCCGAUACUGGUGCUGGUGACCGACUCGGAUCUGCUCAAGCCCUUUCGGAGGUCCUCGCAGGCCUCGGUACCACCAGACUCGAGGAGACGCUGCCGACUAUUCUCCAGAACGUUUCAAGCGCCAAGCCUUCUGUUCGUGAAGGCUUCAUGACACUCUUCAUCUUCUUGCCUGCUUGCUUCGGUAACAGCUUUGCCAACUACCUUAGCAAGAUUAUUCCCCCCAUCCUUGCUGGUCUGGCCGACGACAUUGAGUCUAUUCGCGAGACCGCUCUCCGCGCCGGUCGCCUGCUUGUCAAGAACUUCGCCCACAAGGCCAUCGAUCUCUUGCUUCCCGAAUUGGAGCGUGGCCUUGCGGACGACAGCUACCGCAUUCGUCUCAGCUCCGUCGAGCUUGUUGGUGAUCUUCUCUUCAGUCUUACUGGUAUCUCUGGCAAACAAGAGGGCGAAGAAGAAGAAGAGGAAGCCACUCAGGCUGGCCAGUCCUUGCUGGAGGUUCUCGGAGCCGAGCGCAGGGACAAGGUUCUUUCGGCUCUGUACAUCUGUCGCUGCGAUACCUCAGGACAGGUCAAGAGCGCAGCCCUGGGUGUCUGGAAGGCGCUUGUCGCCUCCCCCAGGACACUCAAGGAGAUGGUUCCUACGCUGUCUCAGCUCAUUAUUCGUCGCCUUGGGUCUACCAACAUGGAACAGAAGGUCAUUGCCAGCAACGCUCUUGGAGAUCUUAUCAAGAAGGCUGGAGAAUCUGUUCUCAGCACCUUGCUGCCUUUGCUUCAAGAUGGUCUUCAGGCUUCGCCCGAUGUCGAUGUCAAGCAAGGUAUCUGUAUCGCUCUCCGGGAGCUUAUCACAGCCGCUUCCCCCGAUGCACUGGAGGACUAUGAGGCCAUCCUCAUCGCCACCAUCCGUGUUGCUUUGGUCGACAGCGAUGAUGAUGUUCGAGAAGCUGCUGCCGAGGCUUUCGACUCACUGCAGCAGAUCAUGGGCAAGCGGGUCGUGGACCAAGUUCUACCCCACCUUCUCCACUUGUUGAGAACCGACGACGAGGCAGAGCAGGCGUUGUCGGCUCUGUUGACUCUGCUCACUGAGCAGACUCGUGCCAACAUUAUCCUCCCCAACCUUAUUCCCACGUUGCUCACGCCGCCAAUCACUGCUUUCAACGCAAGGGCCCUGGCAUCUCUGGCCGAGGUUGCUAGCUCUGCUAUGACAAGGAGGUUGCCAACUAUCCUCAACUCUCUCAUGGACGGUAUUAUUGAGACUACCGAUGAGGAGCUUCGGGAAGAGCUCAGCACUGCCUUUGACACGGUCUUGGUUUCCGUGGAUGAGUACGAUGGCUUGAGCGUUGGUAUGAAUGUGAUGGUCACGCUUGUCAAGCACGAUGAUCACCGUCGUCGCUCUGCUGCGGCGCUUCAUCUGACCAAGUUCUUCGCCGAAGCCGAGCACGACUUCUCGCGAUACUAUCAGGACUUGAUCCGUGCUUUGCUGAUCUCAUUUGACGACCCGGACAAGGAUGUCGUCAAAUCGGCGUGGACCGCUCUCACGGGUCUCAUGUCCCACAUGCGCAAGGAGGAGAUGGAGAGUUUGGUCAUUCCCACUCGCCAGAUUCUGCGACAAGUGGGCGUUCCUGGUGCAGAUUUGCCUGGCUUCAGUCUACCCAAGGGAAUCAUGGCUAUUUUGCCAAUCUUCUUGCAGGGUCUUCUCAACGGUACUGCCGACCAGCGUACUCAAUCCGCUCUUGCGAUGUCUGACAUCAUUGACCGUACUCGCGCCGAGUCAUUGAAGCCUUUCGUGACCCAGAUCACUGGUCCUCUUAUUCGUGUGGUAUCAGAACGCUCUGUGGACAUCAAGUGCGCCAUUUUCUAUACCCUUAACAAGCUGUUGGAGAAGAUUCCGAUGGCCGUUAAGCCGUUCUUGCCCCAGCUUCAGCGCACAUUCGCCCGUGGUCUGGCUGACACCACGAGCGAGACCCUGCGCAACAGGGCUGCGAAGGGUCUUGGUAUCUUGAUUACUCUGACCCCCAGGGUUGAUCCUCUUAUUGCUGAACUUAUCGCGGGAUCAAAGACCACCGACAUUGGCGUGAAGAACGCCAUGAUGAAGGCUCUCCAGGAGGUGGUUGGCAAGGCCGGCGCCAACAUGAGCGAGGCAUCCCGACAGGCAAUCCUUGGUUUGAUUGAUGAUGACACCAGCGACCAGACAGAUUCCGUUUCUAUCACCAACGCUCGUCUCCUCGGUGCGCUCGUGAAGGUUCUCCCUGCCACGAGCUCGGUUCCCCUUAUCAAGAACCGCAUCCUCACUGGCUCCCUUUCCCACGCGGGAGUCCUAGGACUCAAUGCUCUGCUGGCUGAAUGUCCCGAGGUUCUGACGGAACACUUCUCUGAGGAGCUGCCCACUGUCAUUUGUGAAGGCCUUGCACACAGCGAUCCCUUCGUCUCCGACAACAGCGCGCUUGCUGCAGGCAAGUACCUAUUGUCCAAUGACGGCAACCACGCUUUCGAGUCAAGUAAGGCGAUCUUCGAAGCGCUGGCGCCUGCGGUCCAGGUUGGUCGGCCGAGCGAUACCCGCCGAUUGAGCUUGGUUGUCAUCCGAACUGUCAGCCGUCUUCACCCCGAGCUGACCCGUCCUCAUCUGGCUCUGCUCGCACCGCCCAUUUUCGCCAGUGUCCGCGAUCUGGUGAUUCCCGUCAAGCUGGCCGCUGAAGCCGCAUUCUUGGCCAUCUUCUCGGUGGUUGAGUCCGAAAGCGAAGUGUUUGACAAGUACAUGGCUGGUCCGGGUGCAUCCCUGCCACCUGGGCCCAAGCGUAGCAUGUCUGAUUACUUCAAGCGCAUUGCUAUUCGUUUGGCUAACCAAGCCCGUGAGCGUCGCGAGGCUGAAGGUGGCGAGGGUGGCUUGGGACUUUCCAAUGACGAAGUGGAUGAUGAGAAGGAGGUGUGGAGCAUUGGCAAGGUUGAUCUUGGAGAGGCCUUUGGCGAUGAUGCCCUCUCAAACUCUCACUGUCGGGAUUUCUCAGUGCCACGAACAUCAUCCGCCAACGACCGUCGAUACGCCGACAUCAAGAUGGUCAACCUUACCACCCAGAAGCGCCUCGCCGCCUCCGUGGUCGGCUGCGGCAAGCGCAAGAUCUGGCUCGACCCCAAUGAGAUGAGCGAGAUCUCCAACGCCAACUCUCGCCAGACCAUCCGCAAGCUCGUCAGCGAUGGCCUCAUCAUCCGCAAGCCCGUCACCAUGCACUCCCGUGCCCGCGCCCGUGAGCUCACUGAGGCCCGCCGCAACGGUCGUCACCGUGGUCUCGGUAAGCGCAAGGGUACCAAGGAUGCCCGUAUGCCCAGCCAAGUCCUCUGGAUGCGCCGCAUGCGUGUCCUCCGUCGUCUGCUCGUCCGCUACCGCGCCGCCGGCAAGAUCGACAAGCACCUUUACCACGAGCUCUACCACCUGAGCAAGGGUAACACCUUCAAGCACAAGCGUGCCCUCGUUGAGCACAUCCAGAAGGCUAAGGCUGAGCGUCAACGCGACCGUGCCCUCAAGGAGGAGAUGGACGCCAAGCGUGCCAAGAACAAGGCUCUGCGUGAGCGUCGGUUGGAGCGCAAGGAGGCCAAGCGCGAUGCUCUGGUCAACGAGGAGUAA